AAGCCGUUUUCUUUUUCCCUCCUAUUGCGUAUUCGACGUAUAUUUUCGGCGUUCUAAUUUCACUGAGACUUCGUGUUGUUCAUCAGUGUUUACUAACCGCUUGAAGGUUCUUAGCCAUAAUUGUUUAUUUCAAGAAAUUUACAAUGCGUAAAGUAUCGAAAAGCCGCGCGGACGACGAUGGCAUUUCAUCUGCCAACGGGUCGGUAAUAAAUGAUGAUCGGUCUGAUACACACUCUGAUCAAAAUGAUAAACUUAGCGAGUCUGACGCUGAACCCAGAGGCGAAUCCGAAGAAAAAGAAGUGGGAAAAAAGGGAAAGUCUGCUAAAAGCAAAAGCAAGAAAAGAAAAUCGGAGAAAGAGGACAAUGAUGCUGAAGAAGAAUACGAGGUGGAAAAAGUGGUUGACUCUAAGAAGAUCAAAGGGAAAUUGCAUUAUCUUAUCCGCUGGAAGGGUUAUUCUGCUGACAGUGACACUUGGGAACCUGAAAAUACUCUUUCUUGCCCUGAGCUCAUCAGCAAAUAUCAUGAGGAAAAAGGCAAUUCAACUAAGAAAAAAGAAUCAUCUCCAAAGAAAGGGAAGAAGAGAGGAGCUAAAAAAGAAAAAUCAAGCCCUAAGAAGGCUAAAAGAGCCAAAACUGAGUGGGACAGUGAGAAUGCUGAUGAAAAUGCUGAAUAUGAGGUUGAUCGUAUCUUAGAGGUUCACCACGGCAAGAAUGGAAAAAGAGAGUUUCUGAUCCAUUGGAAAGGAUGGUCUAACAAAUUUGAUUCUUGGGAGCCUGAAAACAAUCUCAACUGCACGGACUUGAUCAAUAAAUUUAUGGAAAAGGUGGAAGCAGCCAAAUCCACAGACUCUCGCAGUUUAAGAGUGGCACCCGGCACUACAAACCGCUUUACCUUACAAGCACCUUCUUCAGGCCGCAGACUCAGCAAGAGGCGUGGUCAGAAGCAGAGAGUUCGCUACGACGACGCGGAAUAAUGUCAAGUUUAUGACCUCCCAUAAGACGAAAGCAGUAGGACCUAGUUGUUUGUGAAAUAUUUGUAAGCAGAAUGUGUCCGUAUUUUAUUUUCCUUUUUUUAUCUUGAUUUGGCCAGACACCACUACAACUGAAUAUGAGUCUGAGAGGGGACCACAAUCUGAAAGUUCGAUUGCUUUAUCAGCGUAAUGUAUUAGUAGGCAGCAAUUGGAAUUUUAGUCAUUUUACCACAAUUAUUUUGGUUUAAAAAGAAAUGUAGUAGGAACUCGAUUGAGGACGAGCUUAGAUCAUACAUAACUGAAGACGCUAUUCUUAUUCCUGUUAUGUUACCGUUAGGUCCGUUUCCGUGACACCAGUGUCUCGGGUAGUGAUCUUGUCUUUUUUUGUGUGAAAACAUUAUCUUAUCAUUUUCUUAAGCGUUUAAGGAACUGAAACUAAUUAUGCAUUUUGAAAAGCUAUUACGUUCUAUUUGACUUCUUUUAAACUAAGUGACAUGACAUAGUUAAAUGCGUCUUUAAUUAAUGAU